AUGGCCUCAUCAGCCCCCCGCUCAAAUCUAUCCCAAGACAUAGGAGCCGUCCUGGGCGUCGUAGCCCAUGGCGUGCGCAACCCAGCCGAAUUCUGGACCGCCGUAGGUCCAACCAUGAACGAACUCACAUGCGGUCUAAUGGGCCAUUCAUUCCGACCUGAACGCGAUAUCCCUGAUAUAUCGGGCAAGGUUAUUCUCGUCACUGGCGGAAACACGGGUCUCGGUAAAGAGACAAUCCUGCAACUCGCACGACACAACCCUGCGCGCAUCUAUCUCGCAGCUAGAAAUGAGCACAAGGCCGAGAGCGCAAUUAAAUCUAUCAAUGAGGAGCUAUCUGCCGCAGCAGGCGCGGGUUCUGCAGCAGCGGCAGCAGUAGAUAUACAAUUCAUUCAGCUAGAUCUAACUUCGUUCCCCUCUAUACGACAAGCCGCCGAAACAUUCCUACAGAAGAACACGCGGCUCGAUAUCCUGGUGCUGAAUGCAGGUGUCAUGGCCGAAGCAGCCAUUACAACACCGCAGGGCCAUGAAAUCCAAUUCGGCACGAACCAUAUUGGCCACUUUUUGCUUACAAAGUUACUCCUUCCGACGUUAUUGAAAACUGCUUCUCCAUCACCGUCAGGAGAAGGGAUAGAUGUCAGAGUUGUAGUCAUCACAAGUCUAGCAAACGGCUACACCCCCUCCAACGACGAAUACAUGCAACUCAUAUCCUCUCCCCAACGGCUCUUAGAACUCACAACCUGGCAACGAUACGCAAUCAGUAAAGCCGCCAACAUACUAUUUGCAAUCGAACUCGCGCGUCGCUACCCAUCUAUUACAUCCGUCUCAGUGCAUCCGGGUAUUGUUGCUAGCGAUCUGUACAAUGGUACGCAAGCAACUAAUGGAAUCGCAGGCGCAAUGCUUCCUUCGCUCAAGCUGUUGUUGUUCAGGUCUGUGCGGUCGGGGACGUUGAAUCAAUUAUGGGCUGCUGCGGGUGCGCGGAAGAGUGAGCUGGUGAAUGGGGCGUAUUAUACAUCUGUUGGGCAUAGGAACAAGGGGAAUAGGUUUGUGUUGGAUGGGGUGUUGGCGAAGAGGGUGUGGGAGUGGACGGAGAAGGAGGUUGAGCGUCUGUAA